CAAAGCAGAAAUCCCCCACUGCUAAUACCAGUUCUUGUGUAGAAUUGGUAUCCUAUACAGGGCUUGUAACUCUUUUCACAGAUAUAACUACUUACAUCCAACGAACUAUCCUCUUUUUGAACCACUAGUACCUCAGUGUUUUUGUCAGCUCUAACGUUCGGCUAUCAUCACCAUGGACAGCACCUUCGACACCCUGGACGCAUCUGGCUUUCUGGAAAUCUGGCAAAACUUUGAUGCUGAUGAUAAUGGUUACAUUGAAGGGAAAGAGCUUGAUGCAUUUUUUCGCCACCUGUUGAAGAAACUGAAUACCGGUAUUGAAGACAAAAUAACUGAAGAGAAGGUUCAAAAACUGAAAAAGAGAUUUAUGUCAGCCUACGAUGCCACUGCAGAUGGACGACUACAAAUUCAAGAGCUUGCAAAUAUGAUGCUACCAAAAGACGAAAACUUCCUGCUACUUUUCAGACGGGAGACACCACUUGAUAACAGUGUAGAGUUUAUGAGGAUUUGGCGCAAAUAUGAUGCUGACAGUAGUGGGUUUAUUUCAGCUGUAGAGCUCAAGAACUUCCUGCAGGAUCUGUUCCUACAGCACAAGAAGGUCAUUUCACCCAGCAAACUGGACGAGUAUACUGACGCAAUGAUGAAAAUCUUUGACAAAAAUAAGGAUGGACGCUUGGACUUAAAUGAUUUAGCAAGAAUACUGGCUCUACAAGAAAACUUCCUCCUGCAGUUUAAAAUGGAUGCCUGCAGUAAGGGGGAUCGGAAACGGGACUUUGAGAAAAUUUUUGCACACUAUGAUGUUAGUAAAACAGGUGCCUUAGAAGGUCCAGAAGUAGAUGGAUUUGUUAAAGACAUGAUGGAAUUAGUAAAGCCUAGCAUCAGUGGAAUUGAUUUGGAUAAGUUUCGCCAGAUACUUCUCCGUCACUGCGAUGUAAACAAGGAUGGAAAAAUCCAGAAGAACGAGUUGGCGCUCUGCUUGGGAUUGAAAGUAAACCCAUAAAUGUGACUUGCUAGAUUCAAGACUGUGUCAUUUUAUUAUUGUGACAGAGUGGAGCAUGUGCCGCAUCCUGUACUGUAUGUUGAAACUUUUGACAUGAUCUUGCAGCCGUUAGUUUUAAAGAGCAUUGCAUGAUGAUCAAUACUGUUGAAUGUGUAGUGGUUUCCUAGGUGUAUAAAGAAACUUGAGUAAAAUCUUUAUAUGCUUGCUUCAUCAUUUUAUUGCAACAAUGACAAACGCUUGUACAGAUAUUUGGCCACUGCAAACUUGUGUAUCUAUUCAAAAUGGCCAUGCCUCAGAACCCAUUUAAACAACUAAGUACCUGCUAAACUGGGUACUUACAUGUUGUGUAUCAGCAAAACCUCACCAAAAGUAAUAGUGUAUAGCAUGAACCACUAGAGUGGAGGCUGAUAAAAAGGCUGUGUAACCAAAAUGUGGCUGUUUUUGAGGCAGGGCCUGAAUUGGAUAACUGUUGCAAAUGUAAAAGUCUUUUAUUCUUUCACUAUAUUUAAUCAGGCCAAACAACUAAUUCUAGAUAGUCUAUGAUAGCAUUCGCACUGUCAUUUUUAAGGCCUCUGCAUCUGCUUUAUCUAAAUAAACAAAAAAGGUAUUUUGAGUGUCACAAAAGAAUGAUAUACCACUUUUGGAAAAGGUGUAUGUGUCCUAGGUAUUUAAUAUUUGCAUGUAAAAAUAAAAACAAUACCUUACA